ACUCCCACCCGGCUGGAGCGAUGGCACGGUCUAUACAUGGCCCCUCCUCCACCCUACCAUCAUCUAUACGAUGGACCCCUCUCCCCUCGCACUCCUAAGUGCCGAGUUCAACCGCGUCCCCGGUUACGUCCACGAUCUCGGCGGCCCGGUCAUGUUCUGGGAUCUCCCCUACGACUACUGCCAGUUCAGCCAUCCGAGGAGUGAUGGCCGCCCCAUCCGUGAGAUCUUUGGCCAUCCCAGCGGCGGUCAUUACUCCUCGGUGCGCACGUUCUUGGUGCACGUCGUGCACAUCAUGCGCCUGGGUGGCCGCACGCUCGCUCAAUGCCCUUGCGUGCUUUGCAGACCCCCUGUCCGCAAGCCUGUUAAGAAGAAGGCUGGUCCUGCUUCUGGCAACAAGGGAGGUCCUGCUGGCCGUAAGGGUAGAGCCAAGAAGAUUGGUGCUGCUCCUGCUGCUACCAAGAGGGCUCCUAGAGCCACUGCCCCUCGCGCAGCCAAGGCCUAGUUGAGCCAUGUAUAAAUAGGGAAAGACCCGGGGCUUGUCGCAGCGACAGCUCACAUUAUUGUAAUACUACCACCAAAAUCAAUUUCCUUGUACCACCGUC